AUGUACAGAUUUGGCAAGUUGUCAUACAAUCACUGGAUGGUUUCUUACCUGAUACAUCUAGUAGAAAAAGAGGCUAAGUAUAAUGAAAAUAAUGUUGGUCCUAUAGUAGAGACAGAUAAGAAGAGCUGGAAGAAAUAUCUGGAUAUUGCCCUGGCACUACUAGAAGCCAGCAUUAAGAAGGCUAAAGCUACAGCUCAGAAGAAUCUUCCAAAGCCUAUAGAACUUGCUACUGUUUCUGAAUCCAUGAAGUGUCUGGCAAAAUCCAAGAAAGCCAGAACUGCAGAGGUGCCAUUAGAUAUAGUCACCUCAAGUUUUAAUGAAGCCCAAGGGAAGGGAACAAACCAGAUAAAGGACCAAUUCAAGAAGAAAGACAAAGGCAAGGCAAAAGAUACAAACAGAGUCACUCAGUCUGCCAUGACAUCAGAGUCUGGGUCACAGUUUGACUUGCCAGAUUCCUCUGAGUAUGAACUUAGAUCCUUGCACAGUGUGAUAAGGGCAGCGGAAUCCACAAGUGAGGUGAUCACAGUACCAAACAUAUAUUGGAAUGAUGUCUUAACAUCUCAGAUAAUUGUUUAUUGGGACCCAGUGGAACAGACCUUUGGAUGUUAUCUUGGUUAUCUGUCCAACACAUUGUAUCCCUAUGGAGCCAAGGGACCCUCUCCCAGGCAUUACAAGGUAAAAUAUUGGAGUCUACUAUUUGUGAGAGACUAUGAUAAAGGUGACAGUAUGAUCCACAUUUACAAAGUCUACUGGUUGCUGAACUUUCCUGAAACCCCACAUAAGCUUAAAGAGUGGCCUACUGGAAUCUAA